ACCCUAACCCUUGCCCUCACACACACCCUCACACAAUCAAUCCAGAUGGUCAAAGUCAGUGUCGAUCAAAUCAGCUCUGCCAUGAAGGAGAGACAUAACAUUCGUAAUAUGUCGGUCAUUGCCCAUGUGGACCAUGGAAAGACCACACUCACGGAUUCUCUGAUCUCCCGUGCCGGUAUUAUUCCAGAGUACAAGUCUGGCGAUACCCGCUACAUGGACACCCGUGAGGACGAGAUCGCCCGAGGCAUCACGAUCAAAGCAUCCAGCGUCUCCCUGCAAUUCCAGGUGGCCGCCGGGGUGGAGCUGCCAGCCAACUCAUCGAGCUCGCAGUUUUUGAUCAACUUGAUCGAUUCGCCAGGCCACGUCGACUUCUCCAGUGAGGUCACUGCCGCCCUCCGUGUCACCGACGGCGCCUUGGUCGUCGUCGACACGGUCGAGGGCGUCUGCGUCCAGACCGAGUCCGUGCUUCGCCAGGCCAUCCUUGAGAGUGUCGUGCCCAUCCUGUUUGUCAACAAGAUGGACCGUCUGUUUUUGGAGCUCAAGAUGGAGCCGGAGGACGCGUACAUCAAGCUGCGCAGCACCAUCGAGAGCGUCAACGCGCUCGUCCAGGUUGCUGAGGGCUCUCCAUCGUGUGUCUACCUCCAGCCCCAAGCGGGUAAUGUCGGAUUCGGCAGUGGUUACCAGGGUUGGGGAUUCACAAUCGAAGCAUGGGCACGCAUCUACGAGGCCGCCCACGGAGUGUCUCGCACCAAGAUGAUCAACAACUUGUGGGGCGAUCGCUUUUACGACUCUGUCACCAAGAAGUGGAGCGACAAUCCCGUUUCUGAAGAUGGCCGAACCCUCGAGCGUGGUUUCUGCAAGUUCAUCUACACACCUCUGCGCGAUCUGAUCGUUGCCGUCAACGAUGGCGACCGUGCCAAGGUGGACGCCAAGCUCAAGGUGCUCAACAUCACUCUCCCAUCCAACGAGAUGGAGCUCACUGGUCGUGACCUGAUCCGAGCCAUCAUGAAGAAGUUCCUCCCCGCUGAUGAGUGCAUCCUCACGAUGGUCGUGCAACACCUUCCAUCUCCUGUUGUCGCUCAGCGCUACCGAGCUGAGCAGCUCUACACUGGCCCCCAGGAUGACGAAUGUGGUGUCGCGAUGGCCGAGUGUAACCCAGACGGACCGGUCAUGGUCUACAUCAGCAAGAUGAUACCCAACUCCAGUGGUCACUUCAUUGCCUUUGGUCGUGUGUUCUCUGGCACAGUCACUCCAGGCAUGACCAUCCGCAUCCUGCAACCCGAGUACGACCCAGUCACCAAGCCCACUCUGGUCUCCAGCAAGCGUAUCACCAAUGUCGUGCUUAUGAUGGGUCGUCGUCAGGACACCGUCGAAGCCUGCCCUGCUGGCAACAUCAUUGGAUUCACUGGCAUUGACUCUUACCUCGUCAAGACUGGUACUCUCACCACCUCAGCUGUGGCGCACUCCAUUGCUCCAAUGAAGUUCUCUGUGUCACCAGUUGUUCGUGUGGCCGUCUUCCCCAAGGACGCAUCUCAGCUGCCCAGACUCAUCGAGGGCAUCAAGCGUCUGAUCAAGACUGACCCAGCCAUCCAGCACUUCAAGUCAGGUUCGGAGAAUGUCAUCGCCGCCGUCGGCGAGCUCCAGCUCGAGAUCUGUCUCAAGGACCUCCAAGAGAUCGCUGGAUGCGAGAUCAUCUCCUCGCAGCCCGUGGUCAGCUACCGCGAGACUGUCACAUUCGAGUCCCAGGUCUGCCUAUCCAAGAGUGCCAACAAGCACAACAGACUCUACAUCAAGUGUGCCCCACUCAACCCAACUCUGGCCAACGACAUUGACUCCAAGACCAUUGAUCCAAUGUCGAACGACAUCCCCCACCGUGUCCAACAGUUUGCUCAAUACGACUGGGCUCCCGCCGACACCCGUUCCAUCUGGGCGUUCGGUCCAGAUGGCAAUGGUGCCAACGUCUUUGUCAACCAAACCACUGGCGCGCAGUACCUCAACGAAGCUCGCGAUCUGAUCGUCGACGGAUUUGGCGAAGCCACAUCCACCGGUGUGCUCUGUGGCGAGGAACUAAGAGGCGUCCACUUCAGUCUGAUGGAUGUCACACUCAUUGCCGAUGGUGCCCAUCGUCGUGCCGGCCAACUGACACCCGCCGCUCGUCGUGCCUUCUACGCCGCCCAGCUCUGUGGUGCACCUCGUCUUGUCGAGCCCAUGUACCUGGCUGAAGUAGUCGUGCCCAACAGGAUGAUGAGCGUUGUCAACCGUUGCAUUGCCUCCCGUCGCGGUCUCCUGGUCUCUGCCGAGGAGAAGUCUGGCAUGAAUGGCAUCUAUGUCAUCCGUGCCCAUCUGCCUGUCGCCCAAUCAUUCGGCUUCCUCAACCUGCUCAAGACCGAGACCAGUGGCCAAGCCUUCCUUCAGAUGACCUUUGAUCACUGGGCACUGCUCGACCAAGAUCCACUCGAUCCCAAGACUGAUGCCUACAGAAUCGUCAGGGAGAUCAGAGCCAGAAAAGGACUUCCUGUUGAUGUACCGCCCCUCACUGAGUACCUCGACCGUCUCUAA